AUGUCUUCGAGUAGAGAGAAGAUCCUUGUGGGUAGAGUUGGCUGCGGGCACCUCACCCUGUCCAAGAAUGAUUAUCGCACUACUCUCUAUGAUCAUGAGAGAAGAGGGCUUGGGAGAUUCUGCUCGGGGGAUGCUUCAGAGUUCUCUGCUAUGGUCGAUGCCUCUGCUAUGAUUCAAAUCCCUUCCUCUGGCAGGAAGUUCACUUGGAGUAACAAUCAGAGAAGAGGCCACGUGACUGCAGUUCUUGAUAGAACCUUUGUGAAUGAAGACUGGCUUAAGACUGAUGAUUGCAUUCAAAAAGUGCUUCCCUGUAUUGCCUCUGACCAUGCCCCAUUGAUGAAGCUAAAAGGCCUUAAGCCAAUAAUUAAACCUUGGUCCCACGGUGCUUUCCCUAACCUGGACCAGGAGGUGGUUACUUCCAAAUCUGAAUUGGAUGCCAUUCAGAGUCGGAUUGAGGUAGAGGCGUGUUCUGACCACCUUUUUGACCUAAAAGCUGAUGCCAAAACCAGAUCCUGGAAAGCAAUUGAAAACCAUGAGAAACUGUGGUCUCAAAAGUCCAAAAUCAGAUGGCUAAAGGAGGGAGAUAGAUGCUCUAGGUUCUUUCAUGUUAUGACUCGUGUCGAGCGGGCUAGAAACUCUAUAAGAAGUAUUGUCAUAGAUAACGAAGAUGAAAUCAGCGAUUUGGAUCAACUGGGGUCUUAUUUGGAAAACUUCUACAAGAAUUUUCACAAAAGCCUAAAGCUUGAAAAUCAUCCUCAGACCUUCAACUGCAUUCCUAACAUCCUUCUGGAUUUGGAUCGCCUCAUGCUUGACGCUUCUCCCUCAGAUGCUAAGAUCAAGUAA